GUACACGUGUCAUGUUGCAUAGUUACUUGCCUCUGUGUCAUUUUCUGUAAUUUGUGAGAGCUUUGAAAGCUGUGGGCAGAGGGCUUGUGUACGCCUGUUUGAACCCAUGUCUUUGUGUAAAACUGAAGAAGGAAGCUGAUACCACGAGUUACAAGUCAUGCCUAAGCUGGCGUGAAGGAGAGUGUGGAUGCGUUGGUGCGAAUCUACAGUGUGUUGCAACCAUGACAAGAGCAGCACUGACCAAACUUGUCAUGUUUGUGAUCCUCGCCUUUAUCAUCUGCCUUCCAGAAUUCUUCAGCUUACAUCGAGUAUCAAAGGUUAACUUCCACUGUCUUCCAUACCGAGCCUGUGAGCGAGAAGAGCAGGCGAAGAAAGGGGAGCAUCUGAACUCUGGGGAAGACUGGAGGAAAAAUAAAUGUGACCCUUUGGAGACUUCAGGGAGUAAAGAAUGGCAGCAGGUCUGCACAAAAGGGAAUCACGGCAACAUGACAGGGUUGGUGUCACAAUCCUGGAAAGGCAGGAAUGAUCCAGAAGUGAGCUGCUUUAUUUGCGAAACAGACAUGAACAUGAAAGAAGUAAAUAAAAACAGCUCAUCAUCAGCUCAACAUAUGAACCUUGAGGUGUCUGUGGAUCUUCAGUUCAGAGAUGCAGAGUCAAUGAAUCUCACCUUAUAUGGCCGCUAUAAUCACAGCUCCCUGCACCUCCACCCACCUGAGGAAGAGGAAGAGCAGGAAGAUGAUGAAGGGCACAAGGAUGCUUUCUUCUAUUGCCCUCCUUUGCUGCCCACUGCGCAGUCAGCCAAUCACAACUGCUGCCUCCUUUGGCUCGCCAAUCAAACAGUUUUGACUGUAACAGCAAAGGAAAAGCUGCCAUGGAAACGCACUCCGAAAGAUGAGUGGAGGUGUACAUUCAGAGUGCUUUGGUUGGUUCUGGUGUGUGUGGUGUUUCUGACCAUAGCUGCAACUGUGUUUGGACAAAUCUACCACAGGAAAUGUCCCUGCAGAAAGCCAAAGAUUCACCCUGUUCGUUACAACCUCGCUAGACAGCAGUUAAAUGAUGGAGAGAAGGGCUCUGAGACCACAACCCCUAAAGUGCUGAUAAACCCUGUCACCUGUGGGGCUCGACCCUGGUCAGUGCUGUCAGCCAUUGAAGAAGUUGACCCUCCAGGUGACACUGAGACGUUGCUGGAGGAAAACACUGAUUAUUGCCAUAACGCUAAUCUGCAUCAUCGCUGUCCUGCCUCCUGCUCCUCCUCCUCCGACAUAGAAGAGCAGACCUGGUGAGGAUACAGAUGGACUUAUUCUAUACUGACAUAAAAUAAAGAUGACUGCUCAGCCUACAGGCCACUUUGAUGUGUGAAAAUAAAAUGAUG